AUGAACAGAUUAAUUGUUUCCAUGAUUGCCCUUUUCGCUGUGCUCUGUGCUGUUUCCACAGCCACUCCACUUCUCUACAGAGCUCCACAGAUGUACGACGAUGUUCAAUUCGUGAAGCGUAGCAACGCCGAACUCAUAAACGGGCUCAUUGGAAUGGACUUGGGCAAGCUCUCAGCAGUCGGAAAACGCUCCAACGCCGAGCUCAUCAACGGUCUUUUGAGCAUGAACCUCAACAAGUUGUCUGGAGCUGGUCGUCGAUGA